AUGAAGCGCAAGUUUUCUUUCAACUUGGCGCCCGUUAAGAUUCCCGGCAAGCCCGACGCCGCCAAGGACAAGACAGCAGAGCCGCCCGCGCGUGCCCCGUCGCAGAAGGAGGCGCCGGCCCACAGGCGACACCACUCGAAGGAUGACUUCCCCCACCUCGCCGCCUACAUCAGCCGCCAGUCGCUCGACGCCCACACCGAACGCGAGCUGCGCGUGGCCUGCCGCUAUGUGCUGCAGAACUUCAAGCCCUCCGACCAUGGCAUGGAAGACACCGAUCCACGACUGGACUUCGGUGCCAUGAACAGGCGCAAGGGCGAGCAGAGCAAUGCCGUAGUCGGUGCAAACGAGGUCCGGGUUAAGAUGCCCACUGGAGCCCCGAUCGACCUCAAGACUGCCCUCGAAGCUAGGAGAAUCAGAGCAGAGGCCGAAUCGAAGAAGGCCCCUACGCAGAGCACCCUGCCAGUCCGCACCAAGUCUGCCCGACAGCGCUUCGACGACGCCUUCUCAGACGAGCGGGCGCGGUCGGCAACAAAGAAGUAUACCACAGCCAAGCCAGCGCCCGCCGAGACGCUGCAGAGGGGUCGGUCUCAACGCAAGAGGACAGAGUCUGUCGACACCGACAGCCUGGCUACCCCCAUGACCGCCUCUACCACCGAUGCGUACGUCAAUCAGGCAUCGACUGCCCCCUCGUCCGCCGCUCUUACCUCAGGUGGGACGUCCAACCGCCAUUCUCACCAGCUGGAGCCAGCGGCGAUCGCAGACGCUCAAGCUGCUGAGUGGAUGCGUAAGGAGCUUGAGAGGAGGAGACAACAAAACGACUCUCCUCAGCAAGCUCCCUCCACCGCCAACCGACCACCGAGCCGUGCUCGAAGUAUCAAGGAGAACAUCAAGGAAUACAUCUUCCCAGGCAGCACCACCGUCUCCCGCGCGCCUUCUCGAGCACUGAGCCGUACUCAAUCCAGGGAGUCCCUGGCGUUGUAUGAUGAGGACGGCGAGCCGAGGCGUACAGGGUCUCAGCGCGGUUGGCGAAGCUGGGGUUCGGCGUUGAGGGUCAAUUCGAGGAGCAACAGCAGACCGGCAACGAGGGCGGGUCGAGACGCGGACGUAGAGCACUCCAAAAAGUCAGAGGUCAACCUCAAUCGGGAAUUACCACCACUACCCAGUCUUGACUCGUGGAAAGGCGAAGUCAAGCCACAACCUGAACUGUCCAGCUCACACAUCGCUAGUGUGAUGCGCGCACACGACAAACAGCAAGGUCCCUUUUCGCCAACGCGCAGUCAUCACAUGAGCAACGGGUCCGACAAUUUAGCCGUGCAAUAUGCACAAUCACAUCCCCAAAGUCCGUCGCACAGCCAUCGGUCUCCUAUGUACAAUAAGCAGAGAUCGGAUUCGAAGAAGAGCUCUCCCCGACCGGACCAAUUAGAGAUCUCCCAAACGAUGACCGGCUGGUCCUCCUCGACUGGAAACAUCGCUCCCCACAAUGGCCACGCCCGUCAUCAGAGCGCCGAUACCAGCAAAUCGAGUAUGGAUCAGCACAACUUUUCACGCAACCUUAGCGUAGACACGUCAGAUCAGUCUGCGCCCCCUAAUGUAGUCAAGUCGCCGAAGAGUCAGCAGCAGAGCAGAUUGAAGAAAGUGUUUAGUGGUUGGAUGUUGAAGAAAGAGAAGAAGGAUGAUUGGAUGCACAAGAUCGAGAAAGAAGGUGUUAAAGAGGGUGUCAUCGUCCAAGAUGGCAGUGCGCACACACCUGUGGUGCGCUACUAG